AUGGAAGAAUCCGGCGACAGCAUAUUCGAUGACUUCCUCCAGGAUUAUGGACAAGGUGACGAAAUCAUGGACGACCUCAUCUCGAAAAUCAAAUUCGUGUAUCGAAAACCGCCUUCUGAUGACCUAUGUGAUAAGGUACAGGAGUUACUAGGUGGUUCUAGAGUGAUUGACUACGGUGGUUUCAAGUGGGUCGAGCCGGAAUGGGAUUCGAAGGAGUUCAGAUUACUGGAGAAAUUUCUUCAAGAAGGGGCUCGUGAAAACGAAACGGAGUUACUCGGCCACCGGAUGCGCGGACCCAUAAAGCUCGUCCGCUACAUUCCUCAGGUGCCUGACCAUAAAAGAUCUCCACCACGGCCCUAUCUGAUAUGUCCAUCUGGCUACGACGAUGCAGCUGUCUUGGUCCGAUCCGUCCAAAAGGAAACCCAGCAUCUUCAAAUAUAUGACAUCGAUCCACGCACCACAGUGCAGGAAGUUCAGGAACAGAUUGAGUUAUUGCCGAAAAAAUAUGGCACCACGCUCGACAACCUCUUACUCCUUCCACAUCAAAGUAAAAUUGCCUGGCCGAUCGAAAACGAAUUGAUGUUUGUUUGUCAACUUUACUCCACAGGCGGUCCGGAUAUGUCGGCUGCAUCGGCAGAUCAGGAAGAUGAUGUCUCCCCCUUUAUGCGCCGGUUCUGGUGGAAAUGGUCAAGAUAA